AUGCCCCGACCCGGCACCGGCUCCGCGCCGCCACCGGAGGCAGUGCCGAGCAGUGCCGCCAGGGGGCGCCCGCACCGCACCGCUCGCACCGCAGCGCCCCCUGUCCGCAGCGACCCCUGCCGGCGCCCCCUGCCCGCAGCGCCCCCUGUCCGCAGCGCCCCCUGCCGGCGCCCCCUGCCCGCAGCGCCCCCUGUCCGCAGCGACCCCUGCCGGCGCCCCCUGCCCGCAGCGCCCCCUGUCCGCAGCGCCCCCUGCCGGCGCCCCCUGCCCGCAGCGCCCCCUGCCCGCAGCGCCCCCUGUCCGCAGCGCCCCCUGCCGGCGCCCCCUGCCCGCAGCGCCCCCUGUCCGCAGCGCCCCCUGUCGGCGCCCCCUGCUCGCAGCGCCCCCUGCCGGCACCGCCCCCUGUCCGCAGCGCCCCCUGCCGGCGCCCCCUGCUCGCAGCGCCCCCUGUCCGCAGCGCCCCCUGUCGGCGCCCCCUGCCCGCAGCGCCCCCUGUCCGCAGCGCCCCCUGUCGGCGCCCCCUGCCCGCAGCGCCCCCUGUCCGCAGCGCCCCCUGCCCGCAGCGCCCCCUGCCGGUACUGCCCCCGCAGCGCCCCCUGCCCGCAGCGCCCCCUGCCGGCACCGCCCCCGCAGCGCCCCCUGCCCGCAGCGCCCCCUGCCGGCACCGCCCCCGCAGCGCCCCCGGUCCGCAGCGCCCCCUGCCGGCACUGCCCCCGCAGCGCCCCCUGCCCGCAGCGCCCCCUGCCGGCACUGCCCCCGCAGCGCCCCCUGUCCGCAGCGCCCCCUGCCGGCACUGCCCCCGCAGCGCCCCCUGCCCGCAGCGCCCCCUGCCGGCGCCCCCUGCCCGCAGCGCCUCCUGCCGGCACCGCCCCCGCAGCGCCCCCUAUCCGCAGCGCCCCCCUAUCCGCAGCGCCCCCUGCCCGCAGCGCCCCCUGCCCGCAGCGCCCCCUGCCGGCACCGCCUCCGCAGCGCCCCCUGUCCGCAGCGCCCCCUGUCCGCAGCGCCCCCUGCCGGUACUGCCCCCGCAGCGCCCCCUGCCCGCAGCGCCUCCUGCCGGCACCGCCCCCGCAGCGCCCCCUGCCCGCAGCGCCCCCUGCCGGCACCGCCCCCGCAGCGCCCCCUGCCCGCAGCGCCCCCUGCCGGUACUGCCCCCGCAGCACCCCCUGCCCGCAGCGCCCCCUGCCCGCAGCGCCCCCUGCCGGCGCCCCCUGCCCGCAGCGCCCCCUGCCCGCAGCGCCCCCUGCCCGCAGCGCCCCCUGCCCGCAGCGCCCCCUGCCCGCAGCGCCCCCUGCCCGCAGCGCCCCCUGCCGGCGCCGCCCGCGCCCCCUCCCAGGCCCCUAUAGGCUGCUGCGCAUUGCGUCCCCCCUCCCGUGA